AUGGCUGCGACCUUCGAACGAGAAAGACCUUCGACGAUGCCGGGGCAGACCGAACCCAUAAUCUCGCAUGUUGAAUCUACAUUCCCGCCUGGAGUGUUGCCCGGCUUGGCUUCUAGAUCACCGAUCGGCACACCCUCAGCUUCUCCCCCACCGUACCACAUGAAGGAUGGGCGAUCAGAUUCUCCCACUACUCGACUGCCAGAGGCGAUUGAGCCUCUAGAUGUCACAAGAUCGCAGAUUAUUGCUGAACCAGGCAGAAAACCGACCAAUGCAUACCAUCAGUCAAUUUCUAGUGGUCGUGUCCGAACGAGCGAUGAGGAUCUCGACUGGCCUUUGCCUUCCCCCUUCCGAGAUCAAAGUCCCAAGAAAGAGGCCCCAAAUACACCAUCUCUGGUAACCGUUAGGAAAUCUAGGCCUCCAAGCUCGAACUCCGAGUCGCCUUGGCCCUUACCAUCUCCACCCACGUCCUUAGGUCGUGGAGAAGCACUUGCAGGCUCGUCUAGUCCUGGCCCAGUGCUGAGCAGGGGAGCCCGACAAGCGAGUCCUAGCGCGAGCGAACGAAAUUUGUCACGACAAUCCCCUUUCGACGAUGCAAACGCCAGCGAUAGCGCGUCGGAAUACUCAGUUUCGAUUCGAGACAAGCGGCCUCGAAGCUCCAUGCUCAACGUGCCCGAGGAGAAGCAUAUCAACGACGAUGGCAUCUCGGAAAUGUCGGCCUCAUCACAUGGUAGCAACCGGAGAUCACGCUUGAACCAGCGAGCUUCAGACGAGAUUUCAGCUGUUUCGUCACUGGGCGACAGUGACAAUAUUGGUGGUCAAUUCGAAGCAGGAACGGGAAGUCAGCAGUCAGUGGUUACCGCUUUGCCGCACACCGACGAUACAUGA